UCCAGAGCGCAGAGAGGAAAAGGGACAGAGUGAGAAACACUGAAGAGACAAAAUAAAAAUAAAUAAAUAAAUAAAAAAGUGGAGACAGAUUUAUUUUACGCACGGGGAGAAGAGGGAAACGAGUGGAAGAGGAGAGAGGAAAAAGAGGAAAAGAGGCUUUGGAAUUUUUUUUGUCUUCCCUAAACAUUUCUUUCCUCUCAUCAGUUGGGCUUCUUUGACUCUCAUGACUCACAGAGGAUUCCAGUUCAGUUCAUCUGCUCGGGAGGAAUUGAUGGUGUCUUUUCGGGGAAGCAGAGCCGAGGGGAGGAAUCUGAAUGCGCUCGGCUGAACCAUGCCAGCCUUGUGGAUCAUAACUUUGGCGAUCACUUCUGUGAACCAAGCGUGGUGCGUUCGCUUCUCCCAGGAACCCGCGGACCAGUCAGUGGUGCUGGGAGAGCGGGUGGUGCUGUCCUGUGUGGUGUUCAACUACAGCGGCAUCGUCCAGUGGACUAAAGAUGGCCUGGCCCUCGGCAUCGGAGAGGGUCUUCGAGCCUGGCCCAGGUAUCGUGUCCUUCGUGCUCUGGACAUCGGCCAGUACAACCUGGAGAUCUCCAAUGCCGAGCUAGCUGACGACUCCCAGUAUGAGUGUCAGGCUACAGAGGCCGCCCUGCGCUCCAGGAGGGCCAAGCUCAACGUACUCAUCCCCCCUGAGGACCCGGUGGUGGACGGGUCCCCGGAGCUCCUGCUGAUGGCUGGGACCCCGUAUAACCUGACCUGUGUGACCCGUGGGGCCAAGCCGGCAGCCCACAUCCAGUGGACCAAGGAUGGAGUCCCUGUGGAGGGGGCCUACCAGUCCACGGAAGUGCUGUCGGACAGGAAAAGGGUGACGACCCGGAGCUACCUGCCCAUCACGCCGGUCGACACCGACAGCAGCCGCAACUUUACCUGCGUUGCCAGUAAUCCGGCAGUGCCCAUGGGGAAGCGGGCCUCUGUCAUGCUCAAUGUCCACCACCCCCCCACAGUGACCCUCUCCAUCGAGCCUCGUUCUGUCCUGGAGGGUGAGAGAGUGACCUUCACCUGCCAGGCCACUGCUAACCCCCCCAUCAUGGGCUACAGGUGGGCUAAAGGUGGGGUCCUGCUGGAGGGGGCCCGGGAGAGUGUGUUUGUCACCACAGCAGAUCACUCCUUCUUCACCGAGCCGGUGUCGUGCCAAGUGUUCAAUGCUGUGGGAAGCACCAACGUUAGCAUCCUAGUGGAUGUGCACUUUGGUCCCAUCCUGGUUGUGGAGCCCAGACCUGUAACGGUGGACGUGGACUCUGACGUCACCCUGAACUGCAAGUGGUCCGGAAACCCCCCUCUCACUCUCACCUGGACCAAGAAGGGCUCGAGCAUGGUACUCAGCAACAACAACCAGCUGUAUCUGAAAUCAGUGAGCCAGGCAGAUGCCGGCCAGUACGUAUGUAAGGCCAUCGUACCUCGCAUUGGAGUCGGAGAAACGGAGGUUACACUCACUGUCAACGGCCCUCCAAUCAUCUCCAGCGAUCCGGUCCAGUACGCCGUCAGAGGAGAGAGAGGAGAGAUCAAGUGUUACAUCGCCAGCACACCCCCACCUGAUAAGAUUGUUUGGGCGUGGAAAGAGAAUGUGUGGGAGAAAGAAAAGGGCACCCUGAUGGAGCGAUACACCGUGGAGCAGAGUAAACCUCCAUCCCAGGGCGGGGCCGUCCUCUCCACCCUCACUAUCAACAACGUCAUGGAGUCUGACUUCCACUCACCGUACAACUGCACUGCAUGGAACUCAUUCGGACCUGGCACCAUGAUCAUCACCCUGGAGGAGACAGAAAUAGUUCCGGUGGGAAUUAUCGCCGGUGGUACAGUGGGCUCCUCCAUUCUGCUGCUCAUGCUUCUACUGGUGCUCGCCUUCUUCCUGUACCGCCAACGCAAAGGCAGUCGUCGCGGCGUCACCCUGGGUAAGCCAGACAUCAAGGUGGAGACAGUCAACAAAGAGAACCACAGCCUGGAGGAGGAGGCGGCCAACGUCUCCACGGCAACCCGUAUGGUCAAGGCCAUGUACUCCUUUUUGCCCUCUGUUUCCCUCUCUCCCUCCACUCAGCCAUUCAAAGACGACAUGGAUCUGAAGCAGGACAUCAGGAGCGAAGGAGACACCAGAGAGGAGUACGAGCUCAAGGACCCGACCAAUGGCUACUACAACGUCCGAGCCACCACCCAUGACGAGGCCCGUCCCCAGUCCCGUGCGGUCCAUUACCAGGGAGAGUUCCGGUCCCCCAACACCACCAGCGGACCGGCCGGGGCGACAUCCGCCGGUCCGUCACCAGCUGCCAGCACUGCCGUCCCCCCCAGUGCGGUGCCGGGCUCCAGGGCAGGCUGCUACGACCCCCGUCCGCCUUCCAGGAUGUCCCACGCCACCUACGCCCAGUUCAACACCUACUCCAGGGCCGCACAGAGCCAGCAAGCACCUCCAAAUCCAGCACUUCAGUCCCCUGGAGAUUACCCAGGAGACUGCGGCCUGCUGGACAGCACAACGCAGCUGGCCUACGACAACUACGGAUACCCUUCACAGUAUCCAAACUACCGCAUGGGCUUUGCUCCGCCCAUUGAGGAAGGACCAGCCUAUGAGAUGUACCCGACGGGGCAAGGUACCGGGCAGGGGCCAGGACCUGGACAACAGAGUCCUGAAACGGGUCUGGGGAAGUAUGGGAGCUCUACUCGCUUUUCAUACUCAUCUCCACCCUCUGACUAUUCUCAGAGACACACACAGAGGAUGCAGACUCAUGUGUAGAAACACUCUUUUUAAGACAGCAGUACUUACUACACUUUGAAAAUGGUUGGAAACUCCAAAAAAUCUCCCCUUUGUAGACAUGAACAGGUUUGCAAAAUACUCAGUGCAUGAAAUUUGGUUCAUUUGUCUGAACCAACGAAAACCCACAACUCACAGCAUUUACUCAGCAGCGUCACAUAUUAGAUACUUAGCAGCAAUAUGCAGUGUACACACGCAAAGCAACAGUUACAUUUUUUGCGAAACCUUCUGUUGCAGUGCUUAUGCUCCGACAAAAGCAACAGCGAGAGCCACAAUCAAGAAAAGAGAAACAAAAAGAGACGAGUAGCACUUUGAAAACCAAGAAGAAGAGUGCUGGGAGCUUUAGGAGGUGCAGAGGAACUUUUUUUAGUGGCCUGCAUUCCUCUUCUUGCUUUUGGCCUUUCACGUCCUCCUUCCAUGCCAUCUCUGUAAAUAAGCGCAAACGGAGAUUUGACUCAGUUCUACAGUGUGAUGCAGUGCAGUGACCUACAGCAAACCUCCCUGUAACUCACACUUUUUUUGCUUUUUCUGACGACAUAGCAAAAAAAACACACACCUAUACAAACGCACUGAGUGACAACGUAUGAUUUUAUGUAUUGCAGCAUUUGGGCAGCUUGGACUAUGAAUAUAUGUGGCACUUUUGAUCAGUCCCUCCUCUCACUACAACCUGCCCAGUGGCCAUUACAAGAUCUUACAAGAUCUACCUUGAUUUAAGUGGGACAAAGCUUCUUAAGGUGGUACAGUGAGUGACCAGAGUGCCAACGCUUACGUGCCAACACACACAAACUAUUGAGGUGUGUCUUCUUUUGUAAAAAAAAAAAAAAAAAAAAAAAAAAAGACAGAAAAAAAAGAAAGAAAAACAAAAAAGACAACAACAUCCUCUGGUUUUGUAU